GCUUGGUUGAGCCAAAACGCUGUGUUUCCAGUGGCUGGAAGUUGCCGUUCCCCUCUGUUGUCGCUUGUCAGCGGGCGCGCGGGAACUUUUUUCGGGUGGGCUCCACCCCGAUACGGGACCCGACGGGGCCCAUCAUGGCCAGGAUGUGAUGGAUUUGAAGACUGCUCCUGUUUCUCCCUCCAUCAUCAAUUUGCCUUGAACUUGAAUUUAACUCUUUCCAACUCAGCCCGCGGAACCCCUGACCGAAAACGAACCGCAAUACAAAUACGAGACGAGUGUAGUGCAGGAGAAUUGCGACCGGCCCAUGCGAUUCAGAACCGACAUGUCGGCUUCCACCUAAACGUCAACCGGCGAUGACUUCAAUCGUAUCAGCCUUGCCCCUACGUACACAAAAUCGACGACCACACACGAUACUUUACGCAUAGAGCCCGUCUGUAGUCUCGCCGUCGCCCACAACCGGCGUUAUUCAACACCUCUCCUACCCUCGACACCACCGCUAUACAACCACAAUCAUGAGAUUCUCGACGAUAAUUAGCACAGGCAGGAUGGCACUCUUCAUCUCCAUCCUAGCCUGCACUCUUACAGGUGUCCUUGCCGAUGACACUGAAGUCUCUACAUGGGCCGAAACCGAAAUCCCCGAAUGGGCCACUAUCAACGGCAUGCAGCUCUCGUUGUCAGCGAACCCUGGGCUGCAGUUUGCUGUGAUCCCUCUUACAUCGAAUCUGGGACUGAACGAUUCCACCGGUCGAGUAAUAGAUAUUAUUCAUAUCACGGGUAAUAUGAUUGCGACGGACUCUUCAAAUUACAACAAAGUGACUGAUAAAGACGAUAUCGCCUAUCUGUCAUGCGACGAACCUAAAGGCGACUCUUUUCUCAGCCCCAACAAGAUGCUCAACACAUUGAUGCAGCUUGAUCCUCAUCUUAGGGCGAUAGUCCUGUAUUCUACGUCCAACACAUGGUGUGCCAUCGACCCAGUCGAAAAACUUCCCUUUACGAGUAUCUUGUCCAUGGCCGAUGGAGGCGAGGCCACACAAGCCCUGAACCUCUUGAACGGCACCAGCCGUGGUGAAGUGGUUAAAGCGAGCAUCUUCGGUAACAACACGGAUAAUACGAUACCGAAGGAUGAGAGCAAAGGGGGUAGUAACACGGCUGCCAUGAGUGUUUUGUACGCCAUCACUGGCCUGAUUACUCUGCUAUUCUUGGUCAUCAUCACGACAGGCGCUGUGAGAGCCCACCGAUAUCCUGAAAGAUACGGGCCACGAGGUGCACUUGGCGGGCGGCCACGGCAGAGUCGGGCCAAGGGACUUGCUCGGGCUGUAUUGGAUACGAUCCCAAUUGUCAAAUUUGGAAACCAGACGCCUACAAAGCCAGACCCCGAAUUGGAAUUGGAAAAUACGGAAGGGAACGAUGCUGCCACACAGCGAACUGCGUCACGCCUCAGUGAGGCCAGACGGUCUGACGGGGCUCAGGCACCAGGUGGGGAGACCAAUGCCGUACCAGCCGCGACUAGGGCAUCGUCUUCUCCCGAGAGUGCCGAAGACGAGACGAGCGACCACUUAGGAUGCUCUAUCUGCACUGAAGACUUUACGGUUGGUGAAGAUGUUAGAGUGUUGCCCUGCAAGCAUCAGUACCAUCCAGCAUGUGUUGAUCCAUGGCUGAUUAACGUAUCUGGCACGUGUCCAUUGUGGUGAGUUACUACCUUGUGAAAUGAUCCGAUCCUUAUGUAUACUGACACGUUAUUAGCCGCUAUGACUUACGACCAGGCAAGGGUCAUGCAUCGGCGGAGGCGGAUGUUGGCGACUCUAGCACACUGCCGCCACCUCUGGCAAUGGAGGGUGCUGAGAACGACGCGCCUCAGUCAUCUCACCGUAACCGACUCUCGAGACUUUUUGAUAUUAACCGCCUUCGAGAGGGGACAGUGGAAGAACAAAUGGAAGCAUUACGGCAGAUGCGGGCGGAAACUAAUGAAAAUAGCAAUCAAGAGACAACAGAAGUUACUGAAGCGGCCGAUGGCGAGUCGCAGGGCCAAAGUGCACGAUUUGCGGCGAGGCUUCGGGAUAGAUUUAGAAUCCGCACACGCGCUCAAGCCGUCGAAGAUCAUGAAAGCCAACGGGGGAGCUAGUGAGUAGCACGGAGGUGCCGGAGUAUUUAUGUUACCGGCGAUAUGAGUUUAGGGCUGAGAACUGAGGCUCGAAAGGCUUCACACUUUGAGUUAACCAGGGGCAGAAGGGUCCCUUGCAUGCAUUUGUGAACCGUUUUGAAGGAGAAGAAUGUUCGGGAUCGGCGUUGAGGCUGAGGAAUGAUAACUUGGGUUUUAAUAUGGACACACAUGGGAAGCAUGGCAAGGCGUUUCUUUGGAUGAUCGCACAUAAGGGCGUGCUCACGACGAUCGUGGUUGAUGAUCACUUUCGGCUUAUCCGAGAGUGCAGAUUCUUACCUUACAUAUGAUACCUUUGAUGAUUUAUUAUUAUACACGCUUAUACGAAAUCGAGACCUUAUACAGCGGGAGUCCUCUAAAAGAUUUGAUUAGGAUACCAGCAUAUGGUAGUGAACCUUCCAUAAUCCAGCAAUGAAUAAACAGACCCUUAAUGUUCACUCAAGCCUACAUGCAACGCCGUUCGUUGAAGAUAUUUGCA